AUGUUGCGCGCACGUUCAUUACAGUGGUUUUGCCUCACCAUCGCUCUUCUUUCGGCAACUGCAUUCGCACAAACCUCGACGUCGCAAGAUGAUUGCGACUGGUACUGCUGGAUAGAAGGGAGACUAGACGCCCUCGAGCAGCAAGUUGCUAAAUUGACUGCGGUUAUCUAUCCUGGUGGAUCAAACAACGGCAACGAGCCAUCUUAUACACAACAACCCCCACAACAUGUUACAAGUACUCCAUCGCGCCACUCGACGACGUUUGGCAACCCAUAUACAACCACAGCAUACAAUGGCUAUCCUACGAACCCUAGACCGACGACGACAACAACCAAAGAAGUCGUGUCAGUAUCCACGACAAGUCAGGCUUCAUAUCCAACAGACGUGAGCUCGCAUGAUGGGUACCGAGCCAUAGGCUACUUUGGAAACUGGGACAUCUACGCACGAAAGUUCUUCCCUCAGAACAUUCCAGUUGAGAGACUUACCCAUGUCUUAUACGCAUUCGCCGAUAACAAGGACGAUGGUACAGUCUUCUUUACAGACACCUACGCCGACACCGACAUCCACUACCAAGGCGACUCUUGGUCAGAAGCAGGGAACAAUGUCUACGGCGCUGUAAAGCAACUCCAGCUACUGAAGCAGAAGAACCGCAACCUCAAAGUCAUGCUCAGCAUCGGAGGCUGGACAUACACCAAUACUAACAAGCACAUGGACACGCCCGCCUCCACUGCCGCCGGUCGCAAGAAAUUCGCCGACAGCUGCGUGGCCAUGAUCCGCGACUAUGGCUUCGACGGCAUCGAUAUCGAUUGGGAGUACCCGCAGGAUACUACGCAGGGCGGUCAGCUCCUCGAACUCCUCAAAGCCAUCCGCAAAGCCCUCGACGAUUAUGCCUCGACCCUUAUCUACGAAGACGGCCACGGCAGCUCCGAACAGCCCCACUUCGAACUCUCCAUCGCAGCACCCGCUGGGCAGUCCAACUACAAGAACAUGCCUCUCCACGAUAUUAGCCAGGUGCUCGACUUCAUCAACCUCAUGACCUACGACUAUGCAGGCUCAUGGGACAAAGCAUCCGGCCACGCACAAAACCUGUUCAAAUCGACCUCCAACCCGGCGUCGACGCCGUACAACACAUUCGACGUGGUGCAAGCCUACCUGUCCGCAGGCGUGCCCGCCUCCAAGGUAAACCUGGGCAUGCCGCUGUACGGGCGCGCCUUCACCAACACGGCGGGCCUGGGCCAGCCGUACAAUGGCAACGGAAAGGGAACGUGGGAGGCGGGCGUGUACGAUUGGAAGGAUCUGCCUCUUCCCGGCGCGAACAUGUACUACGAUCAGGAGGCGGGCGCAACCUACAGCUACGACAACAGCACAGGUAUGCUGGUUAGCUUCGACACCGUGGAUAUGGCGCUCAUGAAAACGGACUGGCUGAAGAAGACGGGGCUGGGUGGCGCCAUGUGGUGGGAGGUUAGUGGAGAUCGGUAUGAUGGCACGGGGCUGAUUGAUAAUGUGGUCAGCUCUUUGGGAGGCAGGGAUGGGUCUGGUUUGGAGCAGAAGAGUAACUGGUUACGUUACCCUGAUAGUAAGUUUGACAACGUCAAGGCGUUUGAUGGGUAG